GCAGAAAGCAGUUGCUGAGUCGUGGAAAAGGUCAUUUAACUGCUGAAGAUUCAUCAUCUUCCUCAUCAGUUUCACCAUCACAGAUCUAGAGAUAAAAUGGACUAAAAUGCUAUAAAAUGGGAUGGUAUCUAUCACACAAUAGAACAUAUUCAAACAUCUGCUGGAACACCUUUAUAUUGAGACUGAGUACCUGGAGUCACAAAGAUAAGUUUAAAAUGCAAAGGCCAAACACAAAAAAAUAGUCAGUAGCAGAAGAUGACACAAAAUCAUUUAGAUUUAUUUGAGAAAUAUACUCCAGAAGAACUUAAAAAAAAAGUAGAGAAACUCUACGAUCGAAUCCAUCGCCGGAGAGGAACACCUGCGAAAGCCUCCUAAGCACGAAUCGGAGCCCUUCCCCGCAAUAACGGUGACGCUCGACGCGCUGGCGAAAGACAGAGGUGAUGAAGUUCUGUAUAAGCAUGGAGGCGAACACGAAGAGGAACAGAUGAUGAGGGUGUAGAAAUCUUUUAAUAUUAAAAAAAUUGAAAUAUUUUUUUUCUUAAAUAUAAUUUUAUAAAUGUCUAUUAAUAUUGAUGAAAGUUUUGAGUCUUUUCUUUUUUGCUGUUUGGAUUUUUAGUCAAUCCUAUACAAUUCUAAUAUUUCUUUCUUAAGAAAGAGAUAAGAAUAAAAGAGUGUUAGGUUUUACAAGUUUCCGGGUUGACUACUGUGCCACCUAACGCAAAAAGUUUGGUGCAACCUUUUAGAAAAAUAAUUCAAAAAACAAUCAUGUAUGACUUUAAUUCAAAUGUAAAUGUAACUCUGUCUCAAGGUUCCAAAUCCUAAUAUUUCAGUUAGUUUUUAUAUCAUUUUUGGUGUUUCAGAGUUGUAACCAAAUGGAAGGACGACGGAGUGAUUUAGAGAAAGAAUGGACUGAGAAGCUUCAAAAUGUGAACCCUCCAGAGAUGGAUGAAAUCCAUAUGCAAUGCAUUUAUAGGGUACCAUCAAAUAUUCGUAACUAUAAUCCUAACGCCUACACACCUCAAGUUGUUUCAAUUGGCCCUUAUCAUCACAACAGUUUUGAGUCAAUGGAGGAACUUAAACUCAAAUAUGUUAAGGGAUUUCUAAAUCGAACACGACUAUCUACGAAAGAAUUGGUUGCCAAAAUUGAAGAGAUUGAAAACAGCAAUAACAUUCGAAGUUGUUAUGCAGACCCCAUAAAAUGUAAUGGUGAUGAUUUCUUUAACAUGAUUCUAGUUGAUGCUUGCUUCAUGAUUGAGCUUUUUCUAAGAUGGCACGAACGUAGUGAUUGGGAGGGAAAAGACCCUUUAAUGUUAAAACCAUGGAUGCUACUGCAGAUUAGGUUUGACUUGAUUCGACUGGAGAAUCAGCUUCCAUUCACUGCUCUUGAACAUCUUUAUAACCACACUGCUAUGCAUCCACUAUUCCCCUCCUUUCGUCAGAUUUGUUUCAACUAUUUGAAGAGAACAACUUUAAGACCCGUGUGUCCAGGAGAGAAUCCAAAACACUUCACUGAGUUCGUAAUAUCUUCUAUAAUAUCAUCAUCAUCACCACGGUUUGGUCUUGGAGAACAAGGAGAAUGCCAAGAAGUUAGUCAUCUAUACAGUGUAAGCCAACUAGAGGAGGCAGGUAUUAAGUUCAAAGUCAGUCCAAAUAAUUGCAUACUUGACUUGGAAUUAUCUGAAGAUGGAGUGUUGAGCAUGCCAAUCUUGAAUAUAAGUUCCAGUACACAACUUUAUUUCAGGAAUAUGAUGGCAUAUGAACAUUGCCACGAUUCGGCUACAAAAAUCAUUACUCAAUAUGUAGCGAUCCUAGAUUUUCUUAUCAAUACUGAAAAAGAUGUGAACAUACUUGUUGACAAGAAAAUUAUUGUCAAUUGGUUGGGUGAUACUGAUAAAGUGGUUACAAUGAUUAGUAAUCUGAACUCGACUGUCACAAUGCCAGAGUUCUGUUCGCAUUAUUUCUCCGUCUGCAAUGGGUUAAAUAAAUUCUACGAAAAUCCUCGUAACAAGUACAAGGCUAUGUUGAUACACGAUUACUUAAACACUCCUUGGAAAAUAGCAUCUACUGUUGCUGCAAUUGUGCUACUUUUGCUCACGCUUAUUCAGACUGUAUGUUCAAUCAUCUCAUUAGUUCAAAAGUAAUUGAAGAGAGGAUUCAUUAAAUAAGUAACAAGGAAAUCACUUGGUGAAGAAGAUAUUCGAUGAUUGUAUUUGAGUCUCUUAGUAUAAGGAAACCUUGUGAUGUUAUUUAUUUAGUGUGUUGUUGCUUUUCUUUCAACGAAGAUUUAACUUGUUUUCUGUUUUUUUCUAUUUGGAUUUCAGUGUAAGGGAAACCUUAUGAUGUUAUUUACUGUGUUGUUGCUUUUCAUUCAAUGAAGAU